UUUCGCAUCCCGGCGCUUUCUGGGGCGUUUCGCGCUCGGCGGAGGGAGAGGGGGAAGAAUUUCGAUUUUUAAUUACUACCAUUAAAAAAAUCAAAUUUGCAAUUCUUUGGGUGGCCUGAUGGAUUCCCUGAUUGACAGCCGGAAUUGACACUCUGGGUACCUCUUAUCUCGGGCAUUUACGGCAAUUUCUAAUUGCAGGUGAUGCCGCCGGAGCCGCUGCCCAAAGCGACCGCCCGCUGCCUCGACCCGCACGGCCGCGCCAUGUCGCAGCCCGACGGGGAGCCGCUGCCCGCAGCGCUGGAGAAGGAGGACGCCCGCUCGGCGCCCAGCACCCCCUCCACGCCGUCCGUCUGCUCCCCGCCGUCCUCGUCCUCCUCCUCCACGCCGUCGGCCGGCAAGAACGUGUGCUCCAGCUGCGGGCUGGAGAUCCUCGACCGGUACCUGCUGAAGGUGAACAACCUCAUCUGGCACGUCCGCUGCCUCGAGUGCUCCGUGUGCCGGACCUCGCUGCGGCAGCAGCACAGCUGCUACAUCAAGAACAAGGAGAUCUUCUGCAAGAUGGACUACUUCAGCCGUUUUGGUACCAAGUGCGCCCGCUGCGGCCGGCAGAUCUACGCCAGUGAUUGGGUGCGGCGGGCGCGCGGCAAUGCCUACCACCUGGCCUGCUUCGCCUGCUUCUCCUGCAAGAGGCAGCUCUCCACGGGCGAGGAGUUCGGCUUGGUGGAGGAGAAGGUGCUGUGCCGGAUCCACUAUGACACCAUGAUAGAGAACCUCAAGCGAGCAGCAGAAAAUGGCAAUGGGAUCACACUGGAGGGGGCCGUGCCCUCAGAGCAGGACAGCCAGCCAAAGCCAGCCAAAAGGGCCCGCACCUCCUUCACCGCUGAGCAGCUGCAGGUCAUGCAGGCACAGUUUGCUCAGGACAACAACCCCGAUGCACAAACUCUUCAGAAACUCGCAGACAUGACGGGGCUGAGUCGGAGAGUCAUUCAGGUUUGGUUCCAGAACUGCCGAGCCCGCCAUAAAAAACACACUCCCCAGCACACGGUGCCGCCCUCGGGGCCCCCCCCGCCCCGCAUCCCCUCCUCCCUCGCCGAGGACAUCCACUAUUCGCCCUUCAGCAGCCCGGAGAGGGCCCGCAUGGUGACACUGCAUGGAUACAUUGAGAGUCAGGUACAGUGUGGACAAGUGCACUGUAGACUUCCCUACACGGCUCCUCCAGUGCACCUCAAAGCAGACAUGGAAGGACCGCUAUCGAAUAGGGGCGAGAAGGUCAUCCUCUUUCAGUACUGACUCCGCAAGCUCUUCCUCGCCUGCCCAUGGCGCUCCCAGCACCACUGCCCCUCAGUCGCUGAAACGCAGUGUCCAGCCCAAGGCAACUGUUCUCAGUCAUGCAGGAGAAACUCAGAUUCGGCAUUCUCGGUUAUUCCCAUUGACCAGCAUCUAACAUCCACUCUUAUUUCUCCAGCAACACUCUGUGUAUGUGUGUGUCAAGUGCAGAGUUGCAUUUUUCACUUGUUUCUUGUGGACUUGUAGAAUGACAGUGAGUCUCUCCAAGACAAUGCCAGACACAGCCCAAAUGAGUGACUGCUGUGCUUACAAACCUUGCUCCCAAGCCGUGGGCACAUGAACACAUCAGUACACGCUGAGUCACGGGGGGUUGGAUGAUCACCCACGAAUAUAAAGAAAGGAGGAAUUUACACAGUUUGGCCUGAUUCUCUUUUUGCACCAGUGAAGCACUGUUGGUUCCCGGACAUCCCUCCUCAUUUACACUUGCAUGUGUGAGACUUGAAAUGGGCUCUGGCUCAGCAACUCAGAGCACACGGAGGACUCCUGAGCCAAAGUCACAGGUAGCUGUGACUCCACUAAGUGGAAAACACGAUGCCAGCUGGAAAUAGGCAGUUUUUCUUCCUUCUCAAAGUGCUUUAGAAUCACAUGCCCUUUGAUCACUCUGUAAGGUAAGUAAAUCUUAGUGUUCCCCCCAUUUUAUAGGAGGGGAUAUGGAGAUGUCCUGAACUGAAAGGAGUGGUAGGGUUGGUCGGUGGCAGAGCCAGGCUUGGCACUCUGAAGGUUUUAAUUGCUGACUUGUUCUCAGAGCACCGACUGUCUCUCCUCUCACAGCCAUUUGCCAAAUCUUUUUAUUAUUAUUAUUCUCGUUCCUUAUUAACAAGCUACUUUAUUUCCUUUAAGUCAUGUUGGAUGAUGAAUGGGUGAUUUGGGAAUGUACCUACACCAAACUCCUAGAUGCUCCAUACACUGGGACUGAGAAAUCCUUAAGGGAAGCUCACCAGUAGAUGUGUAGAAGUGACUUGCUCUGGCGUGGACCCCAGGAGAGGGGCCCAGCUCUGGGCUCAGUGAGUGAGAAGAGCAGGGAGGGACCGGGGAGCAGCCAGGGAAGUUCUGCCAGCAGUGAGGCCGGCAGGCAGCGAGGCAAUGCGUGUUCCUCCAUCUGGCAGCACCUGCUCACCCCUAUCCCUUACCAGAGCAAGGCAGCUGCUCCUGCCAGGUCCCUGGAUGAGGCACAGUCCUGACCGGUUGUGCACGGAGGAGCAGGCGUGUGGGGCUCACCCUUGGGGCAGUCUCAUGGCAACAACAAAGGAAGUACUCGGCCGUCUGGCCGCAGAUCAGGAAAAAAGCUCUGAAAUGAUACUUCAUUGAUGGUAAUAACAAAAAGUAAACAGCUAGCAUUUGCCAGCCCUUCUCAGCUUGCACUGAGCCAAGAGCCAAGGUUGCUAACAAAGCCCCUCUCCAUGGGAGCACAUGGGUCUGUCUUGCUGCUUACUUUCAGGAGGCAGCAUUUCCGAGAAUGUGAAAGCCUGCAAUGAGCCACAGUCAGUGCGUAACGUGACUGAGCUGUGCCUGAGGAGCAGAAGACAGGAAUCUAUCAGUUAUGUAACUUGUUUUUAAUUCAAGCCGUAGAUACUCGUGUUUUUCUCUCUGGAGAUCAAUUUCCAGCAUCAGCCCUGCAUGGUGAGCUGGUGGCACCGGCUCACACUGCGUCUGCUGGGUGGGCACCAAGUUCUCUUGGUUGGAGAAAUAGCUGAACACCAGCACACGUUGAUAUCCUGAAAGAAAUACAUACACAUACCUCUGUGUGUAUGUGUGUGUGUGUAUGUAAAAGAGAGACUGCUGUAAUAUUUGGACAGCUAGGCCAGUGUUCUAAUUGCAGCCAGCAGCUAGCAGCUCUAUUCUCAGUCUGAAAUAACAUUUGGAAGGAGAGAGGAAAUUAGGUGCGCAAAGUGCUACUGUCACCAUCUGACAUGUGAAUACCCACUCCCAGUGUGUGCCCAAACACACCCUGUGCGUGGCCUGGCAGGAGGCACUGCUCCCCAGCAUCUCCUUGGGCAGGAGCAGCCCUAAGGUGCCGCGUUUGUGUCCCUUCUCCCUGCCUGUAGAGGUGAGCACAGGCCCAGCACACCUCCAUGGGCUGUGAGCAGAGCUCUUUGCUUCCUGCAUGUCGCUGUGUGUGCACAGCUCAGCCGGGAGAGCUGCUGGUUCGGGGGUCACCAGGGCCCCACUCCUCCUCAAUUCGAGCUUGCACGUUCAAGUGAUUGUUAGGCUGUGGAAUUGGAGCUGUUAGCAGAUGGGUAGCUAACAGGUCCAAGCUGAGGCUGAAGGAGAGACCUCAGGCUGUGAGGUGACCUGACGGCCUGCAGCGCUUGAGAUUCCCACAACGGUUUUUUGAGGGAGAAAGCGGUCUCUUGUAUUUAUCUUCUGUCUCAGCAGUGCCACGAAAGAGAGGCUGUUAAACACAUAUCUGCAAACUAUCAGCUGAGUUGCUGAUGACAAACCACUUGAGAAUCACACUGUACGUCCGAGUUGUGAGAUGGACUCUGUUGGGAGUGGCUGUAAUGCAUGGGCUGGGGAGGGCAGGCGCAGCGGGGAGCAUCGCUGUGCAGCACGGGCUGAGGGCAGCUUCCCACAGGUAGCCACGAGCAGCUUUGCUAAUUCAGA